UCCCUCUCUCACAAAAUAUGACAGCCCAAGUGAUUCCGGAACUUGUGUUCUCCGGAACCCAAUUUCAUGGAAUGGAAUGUAUUUCAAUCCCCACCAUUAGAAGAUUAGAAGGAAAAGUUGCGAUAAUAACAGGCGGAGCCGGGGGCAUCGGAGAGGCGACUGUUCGCCUUUUCGCGGCCCACGGCGCCAAAGUGAUAAUCGCGGACGUGGACGACAUCCACGGGAAGUCGAUUGCCGACUCGCUGCCAGCUCAGGCAACGUACGUCCACUGUGACCUGAGGUCGGAGAUGGAAAUCGAGACUCUAAUAAACUUCACAGUCUCAAAACACGGCAAGAUCGACAUCCUUUUCAACAACGCGGGCAUCCUCGGGGACCAGUCGAGGCACAAGAGCAUCCUAGACUUCGACGCGGCGGAGUUCGACAGGAUCAUGACGGUGAACGUGAGGGGCACGGCGCUGGGGAUGAAGCACGCGGCGCGCGCCAUGAUCCGAGGCGGGGGCCGUGGGGGGUGCGUGAUCUCGACCGCGAGCGUGGCUGGGGUGAUGGGAGGGAUGGGGCCGCACGCGUACACGGCGUCGAAGCACGCGAUCGUGGGGCUGACGAAGAACGCGGCGUGCGAGCUCGGGCGGUACGGGAUCCGGGUGAACUGCAUCUCGCCGUUCGGGGUGGCAACGAGGAUGCUGGUGGAGGCGUGGCGGGAGGGAUCGACAGAGGAGGAGGAGGUCAUGAAGAUGAAGAUGGAGGAGUUUGUGAGAUGUUUGGGGAAUUUGAAGGGGGAAACGCUGAGGGCUAAGGAUGUGGCGGAGGCGGCGCUGUUUUUGGCUAGUGAUGAAUCCAGGUAUAUUAGCGGACACAAUCUCGUUGUGGACGGCGGAGUUACUACUUCUAAAAAUUGUGUUAGCUUGUGACCCUCAUUCAUAUUUUCUAUGCAAUGUAUUUAUGUAGAAUGAGUUACCUAUCUGAUUAAACUUCUUUUUUAUUUCUAUUCA